AUGACAGAACGCAUUGACACCUUCGCCGCCAGGCUGAGCGAUGCGAACGCAGGCAGGGUCACCUCAAGAUCUCUUCAUCUUUCUCUACUGACAUUACAUUUAGCUGUCGCCCUUAAGCUUAAUGUUGCUACAGAACUUCGCGACAACCUAGAAAUGUUUAGCAGCGGUCAACUUUACCCGUACUUUCUUAGGAAGCUUCUCCCCGUUUUCACAAAGAUUCUCGAAGGUCCACCAGUAUUUGUUACCAACCCGGAGCAUAAACUACGCAGCUGCAUUCUUGAGGUGCUACACCGCCUUCCAAACAGCCAAUCUGAGCAUCUGAAACCACAUGCCCUGCACAUUGUCGACCUGCUGCUAAGUCUGGUGCGGACCGAGAAUGAAGAUAACGCUAUACUCUGCAUGAAAGCUGUCAUGGACCUAGAGCGACACCAGGCGGAAGCAACCAGUACGAAAGUACAGCCAUUCCUGGACCUCAUUCAGGAGAUGUUCGAAGCUAUGGAAAACGUUGUUCAAGAGACGUUCGAUAGCUCUUCAUUGCCUCCUGGGCAAGGAUCGUUAGUCGGUGGUUCCCAAAGUUUUCAGUCGCCGCGACCCGGAUCCCCAGCGACCUCUGCCGCUGUGGAUAUUGGUAUAGACACUCCAGCAAUCCGUCCACUAUUAAAAGGCAUGCAAUCUUUCAAGGUCUUUGCGGAGUGUCCCAUCAUCGUUGUAUCCCUUUUCCAAACACACCGGAACUGCGUGACUACAAAUGUAAAGAAGUUCGUUCCCUUAAUUAAAAAAGUCCUCAGUCUACAAGCCGCACCGCAAGCGCGUGCUCACGCUGAGGCUGCUGAGAGAAAGGAAGUAUUCAUAGGCGUUAGUAAGGAUAUCAAGAAUAGACAUGCAUUUGGCGAGUUUCUUACGGCGCAAGUCAAGAUGAUGAGUUUCUUGGCAUAUUUGCUACGCGUGUACCAGCAGCAGCUGCAGGACUUCCUAUCAACCCUUCCCGACAUUGUAAUACGACUGCUUCGGGACUGCCCAAGUGAGAAAUCCGCCACGAGGAAGGAGCUGUUGGUAGCAAUAAGGCACACCAUCAAUUUUCAAUUCCGGACAAUAUUCCUGAGCAGACUAGACGACCUCCUAGAUGAGCGAACACUAUUAGGAGACGGAUUGACAGUAUAUGAGUCGAUGCGCCCAUUAGCUUACAGCUUGCUGGCGGACCUGAUACACCACGUUCGUGAAAAGCUGACACGGGAGCAAAUAUGCAAAACCGUCGCCGUAUUCUCCAAGAACCUGCAUGACAACUUUCCGGGCACAAGCUUUCAGACAAUGAGCGCCAAGCUACUACUUAAUCUAGCUGAAGUAAUUGCCAAUCUAGAAGACAAGCAGGAUGCCAGAAGAAUUUUGAUUGACAUCCUAAAUGCCAUCGCGUGCAAAUUUGCGGACAUGAAUCACCAAUACGAGAACGCCGUCAAGCUAUCGAAGGAUUGCAGCAACACAACAAUUGACUCUGUACCCGAAGAUCAUCUGGCAGAUGCCAGUUCGCCUCCAGUGUGGGAUAACGUAGACAUCUUCUUGGCUACGCCAAUUCGCCUUUCCAAUCCCAAAGACAGAGGAGCAAAUCCUGUAGAAGAUAACAAGUUCUUGUUCAAAAACCUGCUUACUGGUCUUAAAGGCAUGUUCUACCAAUUGAAAGUCAGCAAUCCUGUCAACCCGACUGUUGAGGCCGCAAAUGCGCCGGCAAACUGGCCUGAGGUAUCACAUGGCUAUAGUGCCGAAGAAGUUGAGGUCAUCAAGAAGCUCUUCCGUGAAGGCGCCCACCUAUUCCGGUACUAUAGCCUGGAAAAACCGUUUUCGGAGACCAAUUUCUCGAAUCCGGUUGAAUUUCUUACAAACAAUUAUGGUGUUCAGAGCGGCAAAGAGGAAAAGGAUCUUUUGGAGACUUUCGCUACAGUCUUCCACAGCAUAGACCCGGCAACGUUCUAUGAAGUGUUCCACACUGAGAUUCCAAUUCUAUAUGAAAUGAUGUUUGAACACCCCGCCCUUCUCCAUGUGCCGCAGUUCUUCCUUGCAAGUGAAGCAACCUCUCCAGCAUUUGCGGGCAUGCUCCUUCAAUUCCUCAUGGACCGGAUUAACGAGAUUGGGACGUCUGAUAUGAAAAGAUCUGCGAUCCUACUACGAAUGUUCAAAUUAUCUUUCAUGGCUGUCACACUUUUCAGCCAGCAGAAUGAACAGAUCUUGUUACCACAUGUCACGAAGAUUGUCACGCAAUCAAUCCAGUUAUCGACUAUUGCGGCAGAGCCAAUGAAUUACUUCUAUCUGCUUCGAUCUCUAUUUCGUAGUAUCGGCGGUGGACGCUUCGAGCUACUCUACAAGGAGAUCCUGCCAUUACUCGAAAUGUUGCUGGAAGUUCUCAAUAAUUUACUAAUGGCGGCUCGGAAACCUCAAGAGAGAGAUCUCUACGUAGAGUUGUGCCUUACCGUGCCAGCUCGCCUAAGCAAUCUUCUUCCUCAUUUAAGCUACCUUAUGCGACCCCUUGUGGUCGCUUUGCGGGCUGGUUCUGACCUGGUCGGGCAGGGUCUGAGAACAUUAGAGCUGUGUGUGGACAACCUUACUGCAGAGUAUCUUGAUCCAAUAAUGGCGCCAGUCAUUGAUGACCUGAUGUCUGCUCUUUGGGAUCACCUUAAGCCUGCUCCUUACAGCCAUUUUCACUCACAUAUUACCAUGCGGAUUCUUGGGAAGUUAGGCGGCCGAAACCGGAAAUUUAUGAACCGUCCGCCAGACUUGAAGUAUCAACAAUGCGCUGGAGAAAAGACGACUAUCGAUAUCAGGCUCACAGGUUCAAGCAGAGACCGAGCCUUCCCAGCAACGCUUGGCAUUGAUCUGGCAAUAUCCAAACUUUCGGAAGUGCCCAAGGCACCUCCACUCAAAAGAAUCGAUCCUUACUACAAACAACAAGCCUUCAGACUCAUUGCUGCCCAAGUCAAGCUCCACAUCGGGUUUGACAAUUUGCCAGAUGACCUUCCCCAGGCUUUGAGACUGCAGGCAACGGAUCUCCUAGAAUCCAAUUACGACAAUUCCUCUGACUCCCCACAACUUCCGGAUCGAGAGAGAUCGAUAGCAAAAUGCAACGCUCAGCAAGAAACUCUAGAGAAGCUGCUAAAGGCAUGUAUCUUGGCAACGACUUUGCCGGACGUUGAGAGCCUUGCAAAGCCAUUCUUAGGAGACAUCUGCAGGCACUUCGCGAUUCUCGAGAUUGGAAGGGCUUUAUCUCACGCACGACGAGCGCGAAAAGGGUUCGAUGUGAUGGCUGGCGAAGGCCCACUUUGUCUCGAUAGUAGAGUCCUUGCUAAUGCUAUUUCGGAGAGUCUUUCCUCAGAUAGAUCGGCCACCCGUGAAGCGGCUGAAUCGUGCAUGAAGAUGAUUCACAGCGCUGCUGGCAUCAUUCUUGGGUCUCCGCAGAGAGUUGAUAGGUUUCCUUUCUUUUCUCAUCUUACGAAGCUGUUUUGUCACAAAUGCCAUGAGGAGGAUUGGUACGUCAAAGCUGGUGGUGGCCUCGGCAUAAACUUGCUUGCUACGACCGUGGACCUUGGUGACGACUUCUUCAUCGCUAAACAAAUUGAGCUCGUAAAGUCUUUGAUGUAUAUCAUCAAGGAUACACCUUUGGAUCUCCCAGCACUGACCCGCGAUCAAGCCUUUGCCACUCUCGAGAUCUUAUUGCGGAAAUGCAACCGAGACGCUUCUAAAGAGGCUCUUGGAGACGACAAAAGUUCUCUAUACCAUCUCUGCACAUUGCUGAUCACAGAUCUCAUGCAUCAAAACAAGCACGUGAGGAAUGCUGCCCAAAAAGCCUUCGACGUAAUAGGAAAAGUCAUCGGGGCAGAAGUGGCGGACCUACUCAUUCCAGUGAAAGAGCGGCUUCUUCAGACCAUUUACAUGAAACCCUUACGUGCAUUGCCGUUCCAAGUUCAAAUUGGCUACAUUGAUGCCAUCUCAUACUGCCUCGAGACAAGGUAUGAUAUUAUUGAGAUCAACGACAUUGCGCACCGGCUCUUCUUGGAGGCUAUGUCAUUAGCAGAUGCCGACGAUGCCAGCCUCUCGACGAAGUCUCAGGAGUACAAAACGGCUCAGCAAAUCGUAGACCUACGUGUGUCAUGCAUUAGGCUCCUAGCACUCGCUCUGGGAACAUCUGAUUACAGCUCACCACAGCAAACGCAGACCCGAAGUCGCAUAAUUGCUGUCUUUUUCAAAUCACUAUACUCAUCGUCCAUAGACGUCAUCGAAGCAGCCAAUACGGGUCUCAAAGGAGUUUUGCUCCAGACAAACAAGCUACCGAAGGAUCUCUUACAAAACGGUCUUCGCCCAAUACUGAUGAAUUUACAAGAUCCUACUAAGCUCACUGAGCAAGGACUGGAUGGACUUGCAAGACUUCUGGCCCUACUCACAAAUUAUUUCAAGACCGAGAUAGGCGAGCGUUUGAUGGGGCAUAUGAAAGCAAUCGCAUCUCAGACAGUCUUGCAAAAGUCAUCUUUCAUGCUGAUCGAACAAAAUGCUCAGAUGAAGGUGGUUAUUGCGAUCUUGAAUGUGUUUCAUUUGCUUCCGCCCACAGCAACAAUGUUCAUGCGAGAGCUGGUGGAUCGUGUGUUAGAACUCGAGCAGAAUCUUCGUAGAACGCUAGCGAGUCCAUUGCGGGAGCCUCUCCUCAAGUACAUCAACAGGUACCCUAGUGAAAGCUGGGAAUUCUUUCGUGAUAAAUUGGGAGAUAUGAAAUAUGGGAGGUUUCUAUCUCAGAUCCUAUCGUCCCCUUGGUGCGAACCUUUGCGAGAAGAAAUUAGAUCCAAAAUCCAGGACCUUCUUAAGUUGGCUUUCAGCGCAGAGGGAGACUCGUGCACUGCGGCAGCUAUCAACGGUGUCCACGUAAUCCAUUGCCUACUGAUUGAUGAUCCUGAGUGGAUACGCUCUCAGCCAGAUCUCCGUGAACAGCUUCUACGUGCUGGCAAGGAACUUCAUGUCACCAAGCCGGCGGUACCCGUACCCACUGCUCUGAUACUGGCGGCUACACAAGCGUCCAAGAAGCUGAUGGAGAUUUUCGUGACGUAUAUGAAGAUACAGCGCGAUGACCUUGACUUUCUAUUCCAACUGAUUGAAACUGUCACGGCAGAAGAAAUAGCUGAGGAGCCAUCAUUCCAGAGCUUCAUUUAUGAACAGAUCAUUGAGAGUGAUAGCAUUGAGUAUUGGCGGAGCGUUGUUACACGAACUCUGGAGCUGUACACCUUUCGAAACUCGUCACCCCGCACAAAGACCUUCGCUUUCAAGUACCUGCUGAAUCCCAUCUUCGCCAUGGAUACAUUGAGGUCCUCUCAAGCCGCAAAAGCUCACGAUAUUAGACGACCUCUCAUCGAUAAAGGCGUUGUGGAAUCUGUCCAUAACAAGAUCUGGAAGACCCAGAAUGCUGACCUUAACGAAGAAACUGCACAGCCAGGUGUAGACCACUCACGAUUAGAAUUGCUUCAAAUGACAGCUCUUCUAUUGAAGUACCACGACAAGCUCAUCGCGGAGACGAGAAAAGAUAUCAUGAAAUUUGGCUGGAGUCAUAUCAAGCUUGAGGAUGUUGUCAACAAGCAUGCGACUUACGUUAUGAUUGCUUAUUUUGUGGCACAGUACGAUACACCUGCCAAAAUUACUACCCAGAUCUACCAGGCGCUACUCAAGGCUCACCAGAACGAAGGUCGCUCUUUGGUUGUCCAAGCUCUUGACCUUAUAGCACCUCGGCUCCCUGAUCGACUAAAAGGCCAGAGCGACCCGCGAUAUCCAUUAUGGGCGAGAUGGCCGAAACGUAUACUGUCUGAAGACAACUCGAAUUUGCAGCAACUCAUCGGCAUCUACCAAUUCAUGGUGAGAUACCCUGAUCUGUUCUACGAAGCGCGGGAGCACUUCGUUCCUCAAAUCAUCCCAGCGCUCUCGAAAAUUGCACAAUUACCGACACCAUCCAAUGAGCAUAAAAAAUUAGUAUUAAAUCUCAUUCAGAUGAUCCUGAAAUGGGAGGAGCGGCGUGUGGGAAAGAUUGAUCCUCCAGCGCUCCAAUCUGCGGAGACGUCGCCGCCAGCUAGAAGGCGGACGCAGCCGACAAAUUCUCCAUCGCAGACACACGGCCAGACGCCCAACCAUGAGCGUUCAGACUACACGAUACCGACAACACUAAAGUCGAUACUCAUCAAAUAUUUGACCCAAUUCAUUGGUGUCAUUCCUGAACGAUAUCCUACGCCGGCCUUUCUUCUGCGAGAUCUCGAUUCCAAAAAUCCAGUUGUGCAGCUGCCUCCUAGUGAUAUGGCUAAGAAGGCACUUGGCCUUUUCUUCGAUCUCCUGAGCCUAGAAUCAUGGUCUGACCUCGAUGUGGACCUCUUCCCUCGAAUUUCAGAGAGCAUUCUAGCCUCAGAUAAGACAGAACGGGGAGAAGAAAAGACUGUCACUGGGAUCAUCAACAUUUUGCAAGUGAUUCGUAUCGUCAUCAACUUCAAGAAAGACGAGUGGAUAUUAUCACAGCUACCACUUAUCCAAAAGCUUCUAGACAAAGUCAUCAAAUUUGACAACCCUGAGGUACAAGAUUGCCUCCAUGAAAGUGACAAAGGUCUUGAUGGUGAGCGCACAAUUUCUGCAUUGCUUCCAAGAAUUCUCCAAGCCAUCCCUCAAGAAAGUAAGGAGGACGACGAAAUGGAAGUAGAUGCUCCCGAAACAACAUUUGUGAAUUUUGUAUUCAAUGCAGCAACGUCUACAAUGGAGGGCAGCAAUUUGGUUGCUAGUAUCAAUCUCUUCUCCACUCUUUCAAUCACAAAGCCAGAAAAGAUGGAACCGCACAUUCAGAUAAUCAUGCGUGCUCUACAAGGCAAGCUUGCUAAAGACCAGGUCACUGCAGUACCUGUGCCUGGAGGGCAGCCUCUAGCUCCUGGCUCCAAAGGCCCAGAUGGGAAUGUUCUAUGCCCUGACCAGCGCGAGUUUGAAAUAUCAUCUAAGCUGACUGUGAAGGCAAUUGAUAUCAUUUCUUCUCGGAUCAACGACCUUGGAGAUCAACGAAGACCAUUCUUGAGCGUCUUGGCCUCACUUCUAGAGCGCUCACCGAAUGUCAAGCUCUGCGAGAAGAUACUGGAACUUUGCGAGUCGUGGGUUUUUGACUCUACACAUGCAUUUCCUACUUUGAAAGAGAAGAACGCUGUCUUACACAAAAUGCUGCUCUUUGAGGGACGUGCUGACGACGGCUUGCUCCAUAAGUUCUUGGACCUUGUGAUCCGGAUCUAUGAAGAUCCUAAAAUUACACGUACAGAGCUGACUGUCAGACUGGAGCAUGCUUUCUUGAUCGGUACUAGAGCCAUGGAUGUCGACAUGCGUAACCGUUUCAUGAACAUAUUCCAUCGAAGCCUCACUAAGACUGCCAGUGCCCGCCUAAUUUACGUUCUCACUCAGCAGAAUUGGGAUACUUUGGCAGAAACAUUCUGGCUUAGCCAAGCAAUUCAGCUCAUAUUUGGGGCAAUCGAAACCAGCACUUUGAUACAGUUAAACGGAGAAGAUUUCACCAUGAUGUCUCCAGCCCAGCUGUUCACCAAAUACAGUACUGACGCUCGAAAGAACGAUCUAAUGCUUGAUGACCAAUACGAAGACUUCAUGGCCCAACAUCGAAAUUUCUAUGCCACCAUUGGAGAUGUAAAAGCAGGAGACCUCUUAGAGCCCCUGUGCCACUUGCAGCAUACAGAUUACGAUGUCGCUUACCAAACGUGGGUUGCGAUUUUUCCCCUUUGCUGGUCCCUUUUGUCUCCUGACGAUCGACGUGAUCUUGAAAAAGGCCUCGUUUCCCUAUUGACGAAGGACUAUCAUCAGCGCCAGCUUGAUCGUCGACCAAAUGUAGUGCAAGCUUUGUUGGAGGGUGCGGUCAGAGCCAAGCCAAAAUGCAAAGUGCCACCCCAAGUCAUGAAAUGGCUUACAAAGACCUUCGAUGCAUGGUAUACUGCAGCAAUUUCUCUUGAAGAACAAGUCAUCAUAGGCCAAAAUGAUACAGCGGCCGUACGCGAAAGCCAUCUUGAUGCCCUGAUAGAGAUCUACGCCAGCUUGAAAGAAGACGAUUUCUUUUAUGGUACCUGGCGGAGGCGCUGUAGAUUUGUCGAGACGAACUCAGCGCUUUCCUACGAACAGAUGGGUAUGUUCGAUAAAGCCCAGGACCUUUACGAAGCUGCGCAGAUCAAAGCCCGUACCGGUGCUGUUCCGUACUCUAAGGGUGAAUACAUGUUGUGGGAAGAUCAUUGGCUGCUUUGUGCACAAAAAUUACAGCAAUGGGAGAUCUUACAAGAUUUUGCAAAGCACGAGAACUAUAAUGAUUUGCACCUUGAGGCGGCAUGGCGGACUAACGAGAACUGGACCUCGCCAGAUAGCUUGGAGCAGCUGAAUUCAACGAUAAAGGCCGUAUCAGACGCUCCAACUCCUAGACGGACUUUCUUUCAGGCGUUUAUUACUCUACUGAAGUUUUAUGACACAGCAGAGACUUCUCGGGAUUACAGUCAGACAGAUUUCCAGCGUAUCUGUGAUGAAUCAAUCCAGCUCUCAAUACGCAAGUGGCAUCAACUUCCUAAACGAAUUACGGAUGCGCAUGUUCCCAUUCUCCAGAAUUUUCAGCAGUUGGUUGAAUUGCACGAUGCAAGUGUGAUCAGUAUUAGUCUCGCGCAGACCAACUCGACCAACCUAGAUGCUAAAUCUCAAGAACUCAAGCUGCUUUUGGGCAUGUGGCGAGAUCGUCUACCUAACAUCUGGGACGACAUUAACGCCUGGCAAGAUCUGGUCACAUGGCGCCAACACAUCUUUGGUCUAAUCAAUCGCAAAUACCUGAACCUCCUUGGGCCGCAGCCAGGCAAUGCAAGUGGAAAUUCUUACGCAUAUCGAGGUUUCCACGAGACCGCUUGGAUCAUCAAUCGCUUUGCACACGUAGCCCGAAAGCACCAGCUUCCAGAGGUCUGUAUAUCCCAGCUCAGUAGAAUCUACACGCUGCCCAACAUUGAAAUACAAGAAGCUUUCUUGAAGCUGCGGGAACAGGCAAAAUGUCAUUAUCAGAAUCAAUCAGAGCUCAACAGUGGUUUAGACGUCAUCAAUAAUACUAAUCUUAACUAUUUCGGCAAUCAACAAAAAGCAGAAUUCUUCACUUUGAAGGGUAUGUUCCUCGCCAAACUGGGUCAAAAAGAUGAGGCAAACGACGCAUAUGGUACCGCUCUCUAUCACGAUAUUCGCUUACCAAAAGCAUGGGCCGAAUGGGGCUUUUACAACGACAUGAAAUUCAAAGCCAAUCCUAGCGACAUACAACCGGCUUCUGAGGCGGUCAGCUGUUACCUUGAGGCAGCCGGCUUAUACAAAAAUGCGAAGUCCAGAAAACUGCUCAGUCGCAUUUUAUGGCUUCUCAGCGUUGACGAUAGCGAAGGACACAUCAUGCAAGCUUUUGAGGAUUUCAAAGGCGAAACACCUGUGUGGUACUGGACGACAUUCAUACCGCAACUGCUAACAAGUCUGAGCCAUCGUGAAGCUAGGGUUGCCAGCAACAUUCUCAUGAGGAUCGCGAGUAUGUAUCCACAAGCCCUAUUCUUUCCAUUGCGUACGGUACGCGAGGAUUUACUCUUGAUCAAGAAGGCAGAGGAUGCAAGGCAGCAGCAAAAGGCCAAACAAUCCCAGCAGCAGUCGCCAAAUUCAAAAUCCCAGUCUACACCGGAGCAUCACCAAGGCUCGCCAAAUGGCCAAGUUGGAGGUGGGUCGAGACCAGGCACCGCGAACAGUGAUAAAACCAAUGGAGCGGAAAAUCCAAAACCUGAGCAAAAUGGGGAUGUACAGUCAUCCACAGAAGUACGCCCCGAGUCGGCUCCAAAGCGGCCCUGGGAGCAUGCUCAGGAGAUUAAUGACAAACUAAAAACCACAUUCCCUCUUUUGGCUUACUCAAUGGAAUCUAUGGUAGACCAAGUUCAAAAACAUUUCAAGUGCCCACCAGAUGAGGACGCUUAUCGACUGAUUGUUGCGCUACUUAACGAUGGAUUGAAUUAUAUUGCACGAAACCCCAAUGCCUACGCUCAGGACUUUAAGUUGCCACAAGGCACGGAAGCAAAUAUUCGCAAAUUUGCCGAGACAAUCUUGCCCAUCCAUAUCCGUGGUUCCUUUGAAGCGGACUUCGUCAGUACAAAGCCGACAAUGUACGAGUACAUCCAUAGGCUGCGUAAGUGGAGGGACAAAUUUGAAGAGAAACUCGAUCGCAGGGAUCCAACAGCGAAUCUGGAGGCAUAUGGUCAUGUCUUGAGCGAAUUCAAAUUUGCGAAAUUCCAUGACGUUGAGAUUCCGGGUCAGUACCUUCAGCACCGUGACAAGAAUACGGAUUUCAUACGCAUCGAGCGCUUCCUGCCAAACGUCGAAUUAGUUCGCACCUGCGGCAUCUCACACCGACGUAUCAAAAUUCGAGGUCAAGAUGGUAGUGUGCACUCUUUUGCGGUUCAACAUCCUACCGCAAGGCACAGUCGUCGCGAAGAACGAAUCCUACAGUUAUUCCGCAUCUUUAAUGGCACUCUUUCGAAGCGGAAAGAAAGUCGCCGGCGAAAUUUGAAUUUCACUCUACCUCUCAUGCAACCUCUCUCGCCGUCCAUUCGCCUUAUCCAAGAUGAUGCCUCUUAUGUGUCCCUUCAAGGUAUCUUCGAGGACUACUGUCGACGGACAAGUGUGAACAAGGACGAUCCUAUCUUGUUCACCAUGGAGAAAAUGCGUGCGGGACACUCACCAAAUCAGUCGGCAGACUCGGUCAAUGCUCUCCGCAUGGAGAUCUUUUCUGCCAUUCGCACUAAAUGGGUACCUCCAGAUCUUGUUCUCAAAUAUUUCCAGGCUAUCUAUCCCAAUUUCGCCGACUUUUUCCUCUUUCGAAAACAAUUUUCGUACCAACUUGCUUCCUUGACAUUUUUGACCUAUAUCAUGCAUAUGUCGGCGCGGUGGCCGAACAAACUCAACAUCUCCCGUGCUACAGGCAAUGUGUGGGGCUCUGAACUCAUCCCUGCGCUAGCAACUCAACGGCCAAUAUUUGGCGCGAGUGAGUUUGUUCCUUUCCGAAUGACGCCGAACCUGCAAACACUCAUGGGCCCUCUGGCCACCGAGGGACUAUUUGCAUCCGCUCUUAUGGCCAUAGCGCUCUGUUUGACCCAGGUGCACGAUCAGGGCGGCGAAUUGGAGCAGCAAUUAUCCAUAUUCGUGCGGGAUGAGAUGAUUUUCUGGCACUCGCAACAGCGGCAUACGACACCGUCCGAGAAUCAGCUUAGGGAAUACGUGCAGAAUAAUGUGGACAGCGUAGUCAAGAAGGCGAUCAGCCUGGCACUGCCUCCUGAGAGGAACCUGCCCGCGAACCAGACCGUCGUCGACCUCGUUGCAAAGUCUGUGGAUCCCAAGGCAUUGGCGGCAGCAGAUGCAUUAUGGAUGGGGUAUCUAUGA